AUGGUGGCCGUAGGCAUGAUGGCGUGCAUGACCUUCACGUUAUUUUGGGGUGAGUCGGAAUCUAUCUAUCCAUAUAUAUAUUUAUACAUAUAUAUAAUAUCAUAAUUUAAUAUCGUACGAAAACUAUGCGAUCGAAACAAACAGUGAACCAACAAUAAUUUUCUCGUUCAGGUAAAAAUCCAUUUUCCGCCACGAUGAAGCCCAGGGGUCGGUGCGAAGGUUGUUGCCCGAUAAACGAAAAGGAAGACAUCGCGUUUUUUUCAUACUCGAGGUGCGUGGGUGUUGCGUGCGUGUGAUUAUGAUUGCAGAGGUUUAUAUCUACGAGAUGACGUACAUAUCAUACCUGUACGGGAUGGGCCGUCGGGUUUUCCGGUUUUCCAAAAUAUACAUAAUAUCGUUUCGAUUAUAGAACCGGAGAAAACGGCAUGAUGGUUGCAUGUUUCUGGAAAAUCGCGUUUUAAAGAAAAUAUGUCACUUUUAGUCUAAUCGAGUUUCAUUGCAUAAUAAUAUUAUACACUUAAUGCAGUUUCAAGGCUUAGAAAAUUCAUUCGCGUUUCUGAACAAAAACGUUUUCCAUGAGAAGUUACGUUUUAAAAUAUGGAAUUUUUUAAUCUGUUAUAAUAUAAUAUAGUUAUAAAUAACUAUAAAAAAAAAUAUACAGAGUGUCAACGCUACUAUUUACAGAUAUGGCGUGCAUAUAACUAAUGCAACUCGACGGCCAAAGUCCAACAUUGAUAUUUAAUAUUGAAAGUGUGCUAUACAAAACGGGUUCGUUAUUUUAGAAUCACGUUAGUUCGUUAAAAUCGAAUAAUGAUAAAAAAAAAAACAAAAAACAAUAAAACAUAUAAAACACGAUAUGAGAAAAAUGUUGUUUUUUCAAUUGUAAUUUAAAUCAAUGUAUUAAUAUAGCACAGUAUUUUUAGCUAACAAUCGUAAAUAUCGAAAACCUGAUUAAAACAACAAAAAAAAAUAAAAAUUAUAACGGAAAAAAACUAUUUUCAAAAAUAAAAUGUAUUAUGGGAAUAACAAGUAAAAAAGACGGACAUAUUUCGCAAGAUGAGUGGGUCACUGUUGUAAGUUGAGAAGUUUGAGAAGUUGGGAAGGUAUAGAAGGGAAACUUAAUGUAUAUUUGUAUGCGAAGAUUAAUCAUUGCUAACGUAAAACGAUUUUAAGUGGGGUUUUGUUAUACAUGUUUUGAUAUAUCAUAAUAUUUACGAUUUAAAUAUAGUACGUUUUGUACAUUUCCCGACUUUCCUACGUUUUUUUCCAUUUAUUAUGAAACCAUUGAGAAAACCAAAAAAAUGAUCUUUUUAAAGUACCACAUCAAGAAAGUUUUCAAUUAGAAAAAGUGCUGCACUUGAAAAUCGGAGCAAGAUUUUUGGUAGAAAAGCUGCUCACAGAUGAAAAAAUUGUUUUUAAAAAAAGAUAAAAAAUAAACAUCAUUGUAAAACCAAUACAUUUCUCGCUUGGUUCAGAAUCUAAAAUGUCCAUACAUUUAAUGAUAUGUUCAAAAACCCUUUUCGAAUCGUAUAUAUAUUGUGUAUAUUGUAUAUGUCUUAUAUAUUAUAAGAUAUUCUAAAAAAAAGCACUAAUAAAACGGCUAUGAAUACUUUUAGACUGUUUACAAAUAUUUCAAACAGACAUUAUAUUUUUUUUGUAACAAUGUUAAAACGGGAAAAAAAUAUCCCCAAAUACCCGGGAAAAACAUGUUCGUUCAUUCUAUAAUAUUAUGUUUGUGUGUGACGACCGUGCGUGCGCUUUACAGUAUCGUAUUAAUAAUAUAAAAUUAUAUUCGGUAGAAUACGGUAUUUUCGUGGUACAGAUAAUUCUCGUGAUAUUAAUUUUUUAAACGUUUGUAACGGACGUGCCGGUAAACCGCGAAACUACGUCGAAACGUUGCAUGACGUGUUAUCACGUGGAUGAUUGCCGUACAGUCGGCGUGUGUGAGACACGUCAACCGUUUAUAACAAACGUUUAACGAGAAUUACCUAUAUCACGGUAAUAUCUUAUACUUUAAUCCCAGCUUACUAGCCUAUUAUAUGGCCGUUUAUUGUGUUUAGGAACAACCCGAAUCAACCGAGACGCAUUUAUAUCGGUGACGAUAAUUCGCUGUAUCGGGCCAACUUGAAGCGAAAUUUAACUACCGUGAUAUACGUACACGGGUUUACGGAACAGGGAAACUCCAAGGGCGCGGUGACUAUAAAAAAAGGUACCCGAUACUAUAGAUUCUUUGUUUUUUUUUUUUUUUUUUUAAGGAGAUGUACUGUGUCUGAAUGGACACACGGUAAAAUCCAUUAGAUACCCGUGCGGUAAAGUAAGAUGACUUAGCUUACUGCAGUGUGUCCACUAUAAAAAAUACACGGUAAAUAAUGGAAAAUUAAUCGAUUUCCUGACGAAAUAUUUUAUUUUAUACGGGACAUAAUCUGUUUGAUGGGGGGGGGGAGGGUGACUGUAUAAAGUCCAGAAUUUGACGGGAAGGUUUUGUCUACUUGCUCGUGGAGCUCUAUUUUUAACACGGGAGUAAGUGAACAGUGGGCACGCACUAUAAAAUGUUCUAUUAUACCGAGUCCGACAGUAAACGAGGUCGGUAUUAAAUUAAUAUACACCAUUCGCAGCUUAUUUACAUCGCGGGGGAGUGAACAUCGUUAUCGUGGACUGGAGUCCCAUGUGCGCGUUCCCGUGGUACAGUCACGCGGUAAUCAAUACGCGGGUGGCAGCCAGAUACUUGGCGAAAUUUAUCGAAUAUUUGGUCUACAAAGGGUACCAUCUCUCGAAAAUACAUCUCAUCGGAUUCAGUCUGGGCGCCGAAAUAGCCGGGUUUACUGGCAAAAAUCUCAAAAUCGGAAAACUUCCGAGAAUCACAGGUCAGUACGUCAUAUAAUAAUUUAUAAAAUAAUCGAAUUUUUCUGAUCGACAAAAUCCAAUUUUGAAAUUUUUAACUUUGAUUUUUAUUCUAUCGGUACGACAAUGACAUGUCGGAUGGUAUUGCUCCGCGCAAAGAAUAGGGAAGAUAAAUUGCUGUUGUUGAAAUCAUAAUUCAUUUAAUGACAAAUAUAUUUACCCGUAUCAAGAAGAGCUUAGUUUAAUUAAAUUAAUUUCAUAUAGGGGCUGUUUAUUUUCUUUUGCUAGAGGAGCGGUAUAUCGAUAGUUAAACUUGUAAGAUAACGGAUAGUAUCGACCAACGUCGAAAACAAAUAUAUUUAUACAAUUUCAAAAGUGACCAAUCUGACUUAAACCUGUAUAAGUCAUAUUCGAAACACCGAGUUUAGCCAUUCUUAUAAUAUAUAUUUGGCUACAGUACACUUUAUAUAAAUACUGCAAUAGUAUAUUAAAAAUUGUAUCGAAACAGACAGUGAUUGAAUAAUUGGGUUAUAAGGUUUGACCGUUCUUUAAAUUAAACGUGACAGUAUUCCAUGGAAAUCUGAUUUUAUUUUAUUAUACCCGUAUUUUGAAAAUAUUACGCAAAGUAUUCGGGGUAAGUUUAAUAUAUUAAUCACGACGACAAACUACACCGGGAUGGAUGUUUUUAUUUAUAUUUGUAUAGACGGUAAAUGAAUAUUAAUUGCGCGUUAUACACGAUUUCUGCAGUGAAGAUUAUUAAUUUUACAUUUUAUUCAAUCAAACAAUAUUAAAAUCGUCUGCUGAAUAUUGUACGUAUAAUUUGUUUAAGAACUGCAGAAUCGUAUCCGAUAAUUAUUUAUAAUUAGAAAAAAAAAAAAAUGAAUCGGUAUAUACAGAAAACUUUUGAAAAUAAAUUUCGCAUAAAUUAAUGAUAUUAUCAUCUUUGUUUACAAAACUAAUAACGAAAUAUAUCAUAACUGACUGUCAAAAAUAGGUUUUUUUUUUUAAAUUUUGUUUUAUUACUUUCAAACAUUUUAUGUUUUAUACAAAAAUAUGGAUUAUUAAUUAAAAAAAAUGCCAUAGUGAAAUCAUUAGGCAGUUAGUGGGUUAUAGUCUCGUGUCAGCCAGCUUUAAUUCCUCAUUUUGUCCCAAUAAUUGAUGGCCACGUAAUUUGGGCAUGACGUCAGGCUUAGAGUGAAAUCGUUUGUUAUGCAUUAUAAAUAUGAAUUUAAAACGGGAUGGAAGCGUUUCGAACCGAAAAUAUUAUAUUUCCUCGAUUGAAACAAGUCGACUUUAAAACUUAAUUAAGUAUUUAUGCAUACAAUAAAUGUUAUACGGAACACUAUAGCGGAGCGAAUAAUCCAUAGUAUAAAUUAAUCUCACGGUAAAAGAUUUUCUAUUCGUUUCUUGGCUCGGAGUAAAAUACGUGUAUAAGGUUGAAAAGUGUAUAGAGGCGGGUAAUAAUGAUAUUAUUGCUGCAAGAAUGGUUGAAAAUUGUGAUGCUAUUCGCGGCGAUUCUGAAAAAUAAUAAAUUCUGACGAUCAAAAUGUGUUUAUCUAUGCGCGGGAUAUUCUUGUUUCGAACGAAUGAUUUCAAAAAAAAAAAAAAUAAUAAUAAUAAUCAUAAAUAAAUAAAUAAACAAUAAUGAUAUUUCUUUAUAGGAGAAAUCAUUAGAAUUCGUUCGUAACAAUUUAAAUAAUACAUUUUACUGGCAACAAUUACCAUUAUGACAAAUAUUUGUCAACUCGGCUAUAUUAUAAAUGUUAUUUUCUGUACAAUAAUUAUUAUGUAACGAUAAUAAUUUUCGGUAACCAACGCUGCAGACAAUACGGUACCUUUUUAUUACUUCGGUGCGCUAUUAUAUUUUAUCAUCGCGAUUAUGCAAUUUAAAUCGCAGUUCGCUUAUUUACAAUGUAGCAGCGUUCAAUUUAAAUACUUAACUCGGUUCCGCUUAGAAUCUAAAAUACUCGUUGACUAUUGUACAGGUUACAUUGCUAAACAGUGACAAUAAUACUUAAUAAAAUAAUAGCUAAUUAUCAACGGCAUAUUAAUUAUACCGGCAGACGCGCAAUGUAACUUUGAUUACACUAAUUAUCAUAUAGAUACAGUCGUCUCGACACGUUUCUACGGGGUUAGGUUAGGUAAGUUAUUUUCACAAAACCCGCGACUUCAGUCGAAAUAAAUAAUAUUCUCAACCGAAUUACUGAUGACAAGGAGGAAAUCUAUCAUAAUUUUGAUUCGAUUUGUUAGGUGCACAGUUUGAACACACUGAUAUUAUCAUGUCCUUAUUUUUGAUCCAACCAAUAAUAAGUACAGACAGGUAUUUGACAAAAACUAUAUACAUAUACCCGGAGCACAAAUCUAAAAACUUAAAAACUCGAAGUAAGAUAAAUGUAUACAUUUUUGUUUUCUUUUCAUCUUUUGUAUAGGUAGGCACACUUACCGAUACUAAAAACGCACCUGUACGAUUAAUUAUUAUUCGUUAAAAAUGUUAAUAUUUCAUAACAAAUAUUUCAUUUUUAGCUUUUUAUGGGUACCUAUUACUAAACUUUAUACUUAAUAUUUUUUUGGUGAAUGCCAGCCUAAAUGAUAACGUAAUUCAUAUUAUUGUGAUGAUAAUGCGGACUAUGUAAUAUCGUCGUAUAACAAUUAAAAAUGACAAUAAUAAAAAUAUUAUAUACCUACUAUCUAUUAAUAAAAUAAAAAUAUAACCAAAGUUGUAUUUUUCUAACUCAUUGACAGAAACCAUUUUUGAGACUAAUACAAAUCUACUUUCAUCAUAAUUUUCACGAAAUUUCGGGAGGUUCGAACCACUAACCCCCCUCCCCCUCUAUACACGUGCAUGGGUAGGUAUGUGCGCAAUUUGCAUGUCAUAUCUCGUAAGAUAAUAGUAGUAAUUCGUCGGAAUAUAGUUAGUAAUACAUAGGUCAGGUAAGGAAUACUCGACGGCCGUAUUAUUCGAAACGAUAUUUUGUAUACGCGAAUAAUUUUCAUAAUAUUAUUGUGCGUGACUUAAAAAUAUUGUUCGGCGGCAGCGGCGUAGUUGCGUUUACAAUCAAAAUUAUAUCGACAGAAUUUAUUGGCAUUUUUUUUUUUUUUAUCAGUUCCCGCGAGAGAAUCGUAAUAAAUAAGGUGAAAUAAAAAAAAACUCAACUUUUCAUCGCGGACAACCCCCGACGGAAUAAAAAUUAGUACGUUAUCACAAUAUUAUCAUAUUAUUAUACGUAUCAUCCGGGUUAUAUUAUCAUUGUGACGCGCGAUCGUGGCGCGUGUAGUUUCACAUAUUUCAUCGCGUCUGACCGGCUUAAAAUAUAUAAUAAUAAUAAUAUCUAAAGCAAUUAUUAUUAAAGCACCCCGUACACCAUAUAUAAUAUGUAUAUACGUAUUCCUGUAAAUAAAAUUGGAUCACGCGAACCGAAAGUCGUUAUCGUCGUUAUACGUACCGCGUGUCGGUCGUGACAAAAAGCAAACGAACAAAGUUUCGUCGAGAAAAGUGUUGUUCAACAAACACGACACCCGACGGGUCCGACACGUACACAACGUUAUUGUUAAACAAACAAUAUUCUCGAUUAUAAAAUAUUAUAUGGAGAGUGUGCGACAACGAGAAAGAGAUAGAGUGAGAGAGAAACAACUGCUGCUGCUGCUGUCAGUAGCGCACACGGAUAAUAUUUAUAACAGUUUGUUAUAAUAUUAUCGUUUGGUACGAAUGACUCGAGUGUGUAUUGUAAUAAUGUGUAUUUUAUAUUUCCGAUACUUUGGUGAAUGAAAAAAAAAAAAAAAAAAACGGUUAUAAAAGUGAGGACGUACUAUUUUAACGCGUCGUUUUGUUUUCGUACGACUGUACGAAUCGUGUAAAUUAUAGCGUUUUAGGUAGAAACGAUUUUUAUCCGAGUCGAUAUUAACCCGAAUAACACAAAUUGUUUUAUAGAUUUUCAAAAAAAUCACCGUAAACAAAUAACAAUUUCGAGCCGAGUUCGGUUAACCGAAGGUUUUUGAAACAUUUAAAUAGGUAAUCGUAAAUUGAAUAUUGUACAAGUACAAAAUAAAUUACAACUGUUCGUGUUUUCAACGAAUUUGAUCGUAAGUUUCAACUUAAAACGUAUAUAAAAACAAAUUACAAGACAUUACUAUUAAGGAGUGGCGUAGCCAGGAUUUUGAAAUUAGGAAGGGGCAAAGUCAAUAAAUUAAAUCUUGGAUAAAUAUUAAUACUGCAAAUUCUCUAACACGGUAGAUUUAAAAAGCAAAAAAAGAAGACUGACUUACUUCGCACGAUGGGUGGGCCACCGUUGUUGGUGAGAAGUUGGGAAAGUAGGAUAUAGAGGGGCAAUUAAUAUAUAUAUAUGUACGCAACGAUUGUUUUCCGCUAACGAAAAAUUAUUCCGAGCGGAGUUCGGUUAUACAUGUUUAAUAAGGCCGUAAUAUUCACGGUUUUCGUCAACAUUAUAUUUUACAAUUCUUAUUAAAAAAAAAACUACAAUUAACUCAAUUUAUUCCUGUUCACCAUUAAGUAUAACUUAUAAUGAACCAACUGUUAAAUUUUCAAGCAUUUCUGUUUGAUUUAAUAAUUUUAUUCGCAGAGUACUACCGCAUAAAAAUUUCAUAAAAAAAACCGCAAAAUUAAAAUGUCUUUAAAAAGUUCAAAAAUGGCUCAAUUGUUUCACCACGUUUAAAAAAAGACAAAUAUAAUUUUUAUGCUUGAAUUUUAAGUCUAUACGAAUAUUUUUAGCUGAAUUACAACAAAAAAACUAAAUUGAAAAUUAUAAAAAAAUUAUGUUCGUAAAUUUUCCCAUUUUUCCUACGUUUUUUCCCAUUUUUUUCCAAUUAUUAUCAUGAAAACUGCUUAGAAAAUCAUACAAUGACCUAAAAGACCAAAUAGAAAACGUUUCCUUUCAGAAAAAAUGUUACACUUGAUACAUCGAAGCAAGUUUUCUGAUAGAAUGUUGUACACAAUAUAAAAAAUUAAUAAUAAUAAUAUUAAAUAAACAAAUAUAUUUCUCGCUCCGUUUAGAAUCUAAAAAUGGUUAGUUUUACGCUUGUUUCUCUUGUUUUAUCUAAACCCGUCUACUGUUUUGAAUCGAAUAUCGAAUUCGUAAUUGUAUUUGUUAUCCAUAGUGACAGUUAGAAAAAUUCUAAUCGACCGAAAAUUAACAGAUCGACCCGACGGCGGCGGCGGUGAAGGUAUUUUUACGGCGUUGAAACGAGCAAAAAACAGCGUAGCGUUUACACUGUGACAGUAAUACCCGAUAGUCGCUAUCUUCACUUAAACCAUUUGACAGUAAAUAUCAUGUAAAUGGCAUAUUAGCAGUACUGUCACACUGUCAAGCCGAGCUAAAUAGUUGUCAGUAUUACCGCGAGUGCAUUACAGUAGUUGCCACAGGCUAUUAUCGUGUAAACACUAUUCACACGCUAUCAACAAUCUCCACGUGCAAAAUAUUUAUUAUCACUUAUUAGGGUUAACUGCGAUACUGCGUCAAAACACAUUUCCACAUAAAAUCGCAGUCGUCAAGUGCGUGUACAAGGGGGGAGUAAGGGGUUUAACCCUCCCUCCCCAGAAAUUUCAUGAAAAUUAUGAUGAAAGCAGAUUUUUAAUAUAGUAUCAAAAGUGGUUUUUGUCAAUGAAGAAGAUAAAUACAAUUUUAUUACUAGAUAAUAGGUAUACACUGUUAUUAUUGUCAUUUUUUAUUUUGUUGUGGUUUUCCUCCUUUUAGAAAGUUUUAAAUGAUACGACGAUAUUGCAUAGUCCGCAUUAUCAUCACACUAAUAUGAACUAUGUUAAUAUUUAGGCUGUAUUCACUAAGAAUAUGUAAUCUUUUUUGUUAGAAAGUGUGAAACCCUUACUACCUUAACCCUCCCUUCCUCGAAAUAUUUUUUUGUAAACGAACCUGGCCGUUGUUUUUUGAUAUUAUAGUUUAUAUAGUUGUAUAGCUGUCAAUUAAUAUUUGCAUACGCGUGCAGUAAACAGUAUUGCUCCGUGACAGUAACAGUCGCGGAACGUCGUGGCAGCACUAUCACGGAAAGUACUGUAACCGUGUCACUGUGUAAACGGGACUUAAACAACUCUGAUGGCGGGGAGGCCUUUGAAUGCAGAUAUACACUUGGCGUCACAAAAAUCGCACCUAUUGCAAAUUAUUUUUCAAAGUAAUUUUAACUACACUUAAUCAUAUAUAAGGGUACUGUUAUGAUAUAUCAUUUGAAAGGUGAUGAAAUAAACUUGAAAAAUAAAUAAAUGGUAUGUGUUUUUGUUUAUCAGUGUUUUAAAAAAUAAGUUAAUCGUGGAAGAGGAAAACAAAUUGUAUUGAGGAUAUACAGUUUUAUAAACAGAAACAGACAAUAGACUUCAUAUAAAAAUAAAAAACUGUUACUAAAUGUUAUUUAAAAUCUAGUGCUACUUCCUCUUGCCUUAAUUACUGCUUCCAUACGAUCUUUCAUAGAAGUUAUGAGUCGUACGAUGCGUUCUUGAGGAAUGUUCACCCAUUCCGCAACAACAGCAUAUUGAAGAUCUUGGAGGGUUGUUGGGGCAGGAUCAUGUGACCGCACUCUUCGUUUUAAUUCGUCCCAGAGGUGCUCAAUUGGGUUUAGGUCUGGACUUCUCGCUGGCCAGUUCAUAACAGGGAUCCCAACCUCUUCCGUAUAAUUUUUUACAAUUAAUGCGGUGUGGGAACGAGCAUUGUCGUGCAUUAGUAUAAACCCAUCUCCAACAAAACCCGCAUAUGGUACCACAUGCUCUUCUAAGAUCUCUGUAAUGUAUCGAUCAGAAGUUAGCGAUCCUUGUCCUCGAGCGCCACCAGUUCGGGAAACGCACACAAGCUCGGUCUUGCUAUCGAUGGAAAUGCCGCCCCAGAACAUGCAUGAUCCACCUCCAUACUCCACUGUCUCCUCGGUACAGGCUUGUGCAAACCGUUCGCCCUGCCNUAGACACACCCUUGUUUCAUCAGAAAAGAGCACAGUCUUCCAUUGGUCAAGCGUCCAAUUAAAAUGUUCACGGGCAAAAUGUAACCGUUCUUUGCGGUGCUGUGCAGUCAGUUUCGGACCGGUAGCAGGUCUGCGGGCCACAAUUUUUUGUUCUCCUAACCUUCUCCUAACCGUAGAGGUGCUUACUGUUGUACUGCGAGCUGCGCGGAGUUGCUGUUGAAGCUCUACAGCAUUGGAAAAUCGAUUGCGCAAAGACGUCGAGACAAUAAAACGAUCAUCUCUGUCCGUUGUGCAGCGUUGUCGGCCUGAUCCAUUCCUCCAGAUAAAGCCACCAGUCUCUUGAUAACGUUGGAAAACUCGUCGAACGGCAAAACGGCUCAAGUUUAGUUGCCGUGCAACAUCACAUUGACGCAUCCCUGAUUCCAUUAAUGCUGCCACUUGAGCGGCUUCGUUAGCAGUUGUAUCCAUUUAAUACGUUAUUUUUUGAAAUAAUAUUGUUUAAAGAGUAUUCACGUACGUCCUUUUCAAUGUUUAGGAAGUGAAUGACCUGCAUUUGACACUUUAAACUGAUUUUUCUAUAGCCAAAGAAUAUAAGAUAAGAUAGGAGUAUAUUUAUACAUUUUCCUAAUGCACCGUAUACUCGGAAUAUGAUUAUUGUUUAUGAAAUGAAACUACUAUCGGAUAAGAGGUCAUUAACUGUACUUUCAAUUUAUAUCUUUAUUGUUUGGAUUAAAUGUUUUGGUUCGGGGAAAUGCCCGUUUGAAACUUAAUUUUAAAGAUGUGCGAUUUUUGUGACGCCAAGUGUAUUACAAUAAUAAUAAAAUAUUAUAGGUACUGUAAAUACGGUCGGCACAAUAUAAGCGUCUCGGUGUAGUCGUAGAGUAGGUUUACGAUAUACCGAGGUGGCGGCGGCGAAGAAACCGUACGCCAUCACCGUAGGUAUUAAUGUAUUAUAAUAUUAUAAUGUUAUACGUGUGCGUAAUAACAAUGAUAACAAUGUAAAAUAUACAUAAUAUACAGCGUGUUCGUUUUUCCGGAUAGUACUACAUUUUUCGAUUGGAAUUCCGUUUUCGAGCGGUUAAUGUUUUCGACACGCGCCAAUACAAAUUAUUUUUGACGUACUGCAAAACCUAUUUUUAACACCGGAUUCGAAUAGUGAUAUUUUAUUUUAUUUUUCAAGUAAUUUCGAUGAUUACAAUAUUUUUUAUUUCGACAAUUACCCGAGGUACAGCAAUCCUAAGUCGCGGUUGAAAAAUGUCAUAUUUCGAAAAAUGUAAAACGCACCACUCUGAAGGUGAAGCCAUUUGAUUAUUGAUUUAUUUGAACAAAAUUAAAAUGAUCAUAAAAUAACACUGAAUGUAUUGAUAAAAAAUCGUAUUAUUUUUUUUUUUCGAUGGCUCAGUAUCUAUCGGAUAUAACAUUGAUCCAAGUCACUUGAAAAAAUAGGACUAUUCGAAUUCGCUAUUAAAAAUAGGUGUUGCUUAUAGGAACUUAUACUUACAAUUUACAAAUGCUACAACAAAAUAUGGUGGGGAUUUAGUAAAUGUAUGUGUAUAUAGUAAAGACGUAGCCAUCAAAACUAGUCUGUAACUCAAAUGUUAUAUCCAAUUAAACUGAACAAUUUACUUUUACUUUUUAGAUAGAUUUUAAAAUAAUGUUGACACCAAAUUGACAUAUAAUUUUAAUAAAAUUUAAAAAUUUAAUUCGUAACUUCGUACUUGGUAAUUUGUGCAGUGGUAUUACCGAAUCGCAUGAUAUCACGUGUCGGCUGUUAGUAGCCGUUAGUGGUGUGUUAAACUACUAGCCGAUUUAGUAAAAAUAGUGUAACGAAAAGAAAAAAAAAAUGCCUUAAAGUUCUGAUCGUAUUAGUUAUUACAAUGAUUUAUCCAAAUGUAUUUAAUCUGAAUAUAUUUCACGCAUAAAAUUAUUGCACAAGCCUAGAUAUUAUCCGCAUUUAAAAUUGAUAAAACAAAUUUAAAUUAUACAAUUUUUAUAAAUCAGGGACCUAUGCGGAAUGGACGAUUCAAAAUACGGGAAAAAAGGUUAAAACCUUUGGUCGGGAUACGAUUCGUACGUGAUCUCUGGUGUUACUAUAUACAAAAAAAAAAAAAAAGUUAUUUAUGUAGCGUACGCCCGCACCGAAAGGGUUAUAAAUUUUAAAUUUAUUUUAAAAUGUGUACUUCAAUAACCUCCUACCGCCACCAAAAAAAAAAACGGAAUUUCAUUCCAAGGUCGUAUUUAUAGUGUUUUCCGAACACACUGUAUUCGUAUCCAUAUAUGUAUACGGUGUUAUGAUUAUCGUCGUCGCCGUAGUCUCCAAGGAGGGUGUAACCACUCCGAACCGACGACGCACUUGCUUUUGUAUAAUGUUAUAAUAAACAACAUACGUACCUACCUACAAAUAAAAUAUCCGUUGUACAUGUACGGCCGCAGUUGUAAUAAUUUAAAAAGGACGGGAAAAUAUUUCACCCUCUUAACCGACAUCGUUCGCCAUCGUGUACAUUCUAUCUACGAAUAUAAUGCGUCGGUGCAGCUGGUAUUAGGUACCGGCGUCGCGCAGCGGGUCCGUAACGUUAAUAUUUAUCGGUUUUCACGGGGAUUUUUAAAAUACCCGUAAUACCCGAAUCGAAAUUCACAAUAUUUUAUAAUCGCGUAUACCUACCUACUUAUUGGUGUUUGAAGUAUUUCACAUUCACCACCGCAAACCGAAAUAUUUCGCGAAAAUGCGAAACAAUAAAUGUUUUUAUUAUUAUUAUCGAUUUGGCCUUAUUUAUUGAAAACCAUUAUUACGUUAUAUAAUACGCAUAUGAAUUGAUGAUCAUAGUAUGUAUAACGUUUUCUGAUGUUUACCCUUAGAAAAUAUCAAUAGUUUUACAUAAAUUAUUUGUACAUGUACUUCAUCUUUCAGUUUCGCAAAAACGCACGCAUAUUAUUGGAGUUAUUUAAAAACCAACUACAAAUUUGGAUUCAACGCCUUCAAAAACACCCGAGUCAAUUAUUUAUACAUAAAUACUAUAAUAAAUAGAUGUUUUGUUAAAAUUAACGUCACAGACCACUGAGCGUCAUCAUAACAAAAAUGUAAUGAAAAAUACUACUGUUAUCGAUUAGAAGUACGGGGGUUGUUAUAUAGUUAUUAAAUACUGAAUGCUGUAAAUGUUGGCAAAAUUCGUUGGCAAACGAAAAACGAUUCUUAGCACAAAUAUGUCGUUUUUUCUACGUGUGACCGAGGGAAACCAUAAGUAUACAAAAUGAAACAAAAAUCUAAAAUUCAAGUGGAGUCCCUAUACAUUAUAUUACAUUAUUAUAUAAUAUGAAUAAAUUAUGUAGAAAUUAAAAUUUGAAAAUCCGAUUCGGACACCCAAAUCCGACUGGUUCAAAAUACACAUGACUCUGUACGUUAUAGGAUUUCGUCAAAACAAUCGUUUGGUUUAGGGGUUUUGUAAUUUUUCAGAUAAACGGUCGAAAAUUUAGACUAAAGUUUCAUUUAUAUUAUCGCCGCCGGGCUGAAAAUCUUUGUCGAGUUUAUUAUGUCUUGGAGCAUUUUUACUAAUCGACAAAUCGGUCCUGUAAAUAUAAAAAAUAUAAAUGAACACCGAUUUGCAAAACCAAUAUGCAGUCUUCACAUCGUUCAAAAAUUCACAAUAUAAACAAUUUAGUACGCAAAUAUACAAUCGUAACCAGUGUCGAAACGCAGAAAAUUAUCUAGAUUUUCUAGAUAAAGAUAAAAAAAUAUUUAAAUGAUGUUAGACAAAAUAAUAGAUAAGUAGAUGUAUCUAGAUUAUAGAUAAAAAGAGACAAUUGUUUCGUUUUAGUUAUCAAUUGUUGAGAAAGUUCAGCUGGGGAAUGACAAUUUAAACAGUUAAAAUAAUCCAGUAAACUCAGUGAAUUCGGUUUGAAAUUCAUUAGCUAAUAACUUGGAGUUGGUAACUUAAAGUAAAACAUGUAUGUUACACAGCUAUAGAGCUAUAGUAAUUUCUACGAUAGGUAUAACAACUAUUUUGUUUGACACAUUUCAUCAAAAUAGUUUUAUAGUUACUAAAACGAUAAUAAUUAUGUUGUUUUAUCCUAAAUAGUUCUUGGAUAGACAUUAACGUUUCCGUUUAGACAAGACAAAAUAUAAAAAAAAAAAACAUCUUUAGAUAAGUCUCGAAAUGCAGUAUAAUGCAAUAAGAAUUAUAAUCGUAGUCGAAUUAUAAUAAUUAUUAUAAAAAAAAUUUUAAAAACAGCAAAUAUAACGUGUUAAAAACAAUUAUUUUACAUUUUUUUGGCCGCGGUUCAUCACGCAGGACUCGACCCGGCGUUCCCGUUGUACAUGUGGACGGGCAACAUGGGCCACCUGACACCGACGGACGCAGAGUUUGUGGACGUGAUCCACACAGACGGCGGAGUGUUCGGAUUCCCCGUCUCCCUUGGGCACGCCGACUUUUUCCCCAACGGCGGAUUUCCGCUACAGCCCGGUUGCAAUGUACGUGAGCUACUCAGAAAAAACCUGAUCGCCAGAUUCGGUGGGUAUACAGAUACUAUAGUUGUAUAAUAGAUAAUAAUAUUAUGUAUGCUUGCGAAUUUUCGUUGGAAAUUUAAAAAUUUAAAUUUUUUUGUUUGAAAGUAUUACAUUUUGGGAGAUUGCGAUGACGUUCGAUUUUAUAAAUCGCGUAAAGGUAACACAAUGCUAAAGUUGUAAACCAAUGUCCUAUUAUAACCGGGCGCUAUCGGCUAUGUGUUAUAAUUAUCGUACGAAAACGUUCGUAUUUAAAAACAUCUUUGUAAAACCAUAAUGCUUCUUCUUUCGCUCCAUUCAGAGUCUAAAAUUUUAAUGGACCGUGUACGAAAAUUUUACGUACUCUAUAGUUGUCUAAAACUCAUCAUACUAAUAAUGAAUAGGCAUUAAUAAUAUUCGUCUGAGAACUAUCAAAACAUUUUCAACAUGUUCGAUUAAAAAAAUCUUUACGGAAAUUUACACUACUAGACAAUAUUAUGAGAGUAUACAUAAAAAUCCGGUGUUUACGAGAAAGAAGGUAGCGCCCAGAAUAAUUUUCAACUAAAAACUAAACGUCUUUAACAUCAUUGUCGGUUACGGUUUAGAUAGUUCAAGUAGAACAAAUCUAGAACGAAUUGACAUUAAUAAAAUGUCAGUUUUUAUAAAUUAGACGAAAGUCUAUACACAGGUCAAUUAAUAAUAUAGAUAAUUAAUAUUAACGCAGCAACAUAUCAAUUUUAAUACGUUCAUAAUAGUUCGGAAUACUUAGUAAUUUAAAUAUUUUUUAGAACCAUUAAACACUUAUAAAGUUAUCUGGGCGAAAAUUUGAAUUAUUUUAGUUAAUGGUUCGUUAAUAAUAUUUUUAACAUUCAACAUUUUUUAUUUUUUUUUAUGAAAUUCGUGUUAUUUUUUGAGUGCAACUCGAGUAUACAUACGUCAUAUUGUAUAAGAAUACGAGUACGAAUAAAGAACUGCGUAAUAUUAUUUUAUUACAAUUGAAUGUUUCGAGAAAUGUGAACUCGAUAAAUUUUCCGGGUAAACGUACAUUUUAUGUAUAUUUUUUUUACCCGAUCAAUUUUUUUUUCGUUCUGAAAAUCAUUUUACUCAUUUUAAACGGUUUUCACAAUCAUAAUAACAUUUAUUUAGGUACUUCGUACUCUAUACGUACUGUGUUGACUAAGUAGCUAACUAUAUUCAGUAAAUUUCAUAAAAAUUAGCCUUCUAUUAACGAUGUUAAGUUUUGUGUAAUAUGCAAUAUGCAAAGUAAUCUGAAAACAGUAUUUUGUUGUUCAUGAAGUAAUUUUUAAUUUAAUUUUGAUUUUUUACGAAAAAACCAGCUUUUGGACUUUAAUUAUUAAUCGAGCUAAUUUAUUAAAAAAAAAAAAAAACAAUCAGUAACACUUAAUGCACAUUAAUAUCUAUGUAAUAUGUUUCUUUUUAUUUUAAACAUAGAUACUCGUUUUUUAAUAUUUAUUUAUUUUUUUUUUUUUUUUUUGAUAACAAAUGUACAGAACAAUUUUUAACAAUUAUCUUAAUUAAUAGAGUUUUUCGACGAAGGGGAAUUUAUUGAGUAGAUUAUAAUGUAUAACUGCGGAAUUCCACGUAAUAGAUAACAUAUUAUAUUAGAAAUGAAUAGAAAUGACGGGAGCGUGAUUACGAGUGAUUUUAAUAAUUUUUUUUUUUUUAAACGUACCUAAAAGACGCAUCGCUAUAAUAUUAUAUUGAAAUAUUCAUUAGUCCCGACGACGAGGUCCCCGCGGGUACGAUUUUAUUGUUUAAUAAAAUUCUAUUAGAUAUUACGUAUAUGUAUACAGAUUAAAAAAAAAAAAAAAAAACCCGUUUGUAUUUCGAUUUUAUAAUGAAAAAAACUAUAUCGAAAUCGAAUUAUAUUUACACGAAAACGUAUUGGUCUCGUUUAUAUUCCGACGUAUAAUAUAAUAUACGUGCCGGUUGAUUUGAAUAUUGCUAGGUAUACGGGAUAUUUCCCUAAACACGACGUCGACCGUCAUUCGUCGUUUGUGUAUCCGAAAUCGAACAUGAUAUUCAUACUGAUAUUCAUAGGUUCGCCGAACCUAUGCCGGGGUCCGGAAAAUAAAAACCGUUUAAACAUCGUUAGUAUUAUAAUAAUAAUAGUUUGUGCGCGUAGGGUUUCGUAUCAGCUUUACAGAAGACACGUGGACAUUUGAAAUUUGUAUUUUGCGUUUCGUUUGAAUAUCCCAAACGAUAAAAAAAAAAAAAAAACCAAUACAAUGCAGUAGGUCGGUAGGUAUACAAUUGAAAAAAAAAAAAAAACUCUCCGCGUAUAUUUUUAUAUUAAAAACUUGGUUCAAAGGGCUCGGAAUCAAUCGGAAUCCCGCUCGUAGACGCGCCGGGUAACCGUUAUUAUUCGAAAUGUCUGCAUUUAUUAAUUUUUUAUUUUUUUUCAAUUCGUUAUAUCAUUAUUGCCAUUAUUAUUAUAUACCCGUGCCGUUCGGUCGCACGGUUAUUAUAGAUACCGGCAUUGCGGUCACCCGGUAUCGAGCGCACGUUCGCAGCUUCUCUGCGACGUAGGUUAGGUACCUAUUACUUGUGCCCUACGUAAAAUACUCGAUUCUGAGAUAAUUAUUAAUAUACAGCCGCACAGCGGUGCACUUAAAACGCAUUAAAUAUGCAUAGGAACCGCGUUGCAAUAAUAUCAUUAUGUAUUAUAUAGGUACACGGUCAAUAAUAAUUAUUGCAUAAUAUUCAAUUUAUAUAUCAUCUAAUAGUGCUCGCGGGUGGAUCACAAAUUGCGUGUGGCAUACAGUGGGCCACAGGUGGGACAUACGCAGUCGGGAAGACGGGACAUAUAAUUAUAGGGUGCAUAUUUAAAUGCCUUAAACAACGAGAAAAAUACCUUAAAAAAAUGCUGUUUAAUGUACUAGUGAAAAAUAAAAGGUUGAAUUAUGCCCUAAAAGUUAUUUUAAACGUUGAAAAAAACAUUUUUUUUUUCUUUCGGUAAACCCAUCGGUAUACAUUUCAAAAACUAUCGAAUCAUGAACUUUUUUUAAAUCAAAAUAAAUUGUAUCGAAUUUUCUGAUAACACCGUGAAGUUUGUAAAAUUAAGAAAAAUGCCUUGAAAACCUAAAAAUGCACUUAAAAUAUUGAAUAAUACUCUAGAAAUAAAAUAACAUUUUUAAAAAUGCAAAAUAAAAGCUGUAACGAAUUUUAACCUCGGAAAGCAUUGCGUCAGAACAUUCAGAAAAAAAUGCAAUUCGCAUUAUAAUCCGCACCUUAAUAAUUAUUAUACAGAGCGAUUUAGUUUACGUGUCGCGUCCACGUACUGACCGCAAAGUUAAAUCGUUCGUUUAGCGAAGAUAACGUUUUUCAACACCGCAGAUACAACGCGGACGAUAUUCGUUUACCUUUUCACGGUAUGGAUACAAUCAUUAAUUUUUUCCCGCAUUGUUCAUAAUCUCUUGUACGUUGCAAGCACGUUUUUAUGUUUAAUAAAGCGUACGCAGGUAGUUUUAUUAUUGCGGAAUUUCACCCGCGAUAAUAGUUGCUGUUUAGCCUUUUUUUCCAUAAUAUCAUAUUUCGUAAUGGAAUUUUAUGUUAAAUUAUAUUAUUUAUAAACAACUAUCCCUUCGUCGGGAAAAAAGUAAAAUCAUUAAAUAUACACUUCGUACACAUUUAUUAUAAAUAUACGACCCGAGUAUUUAUAAAGAUCGAUAGAAAUAUGCCCGAUAAAUUUACUAGCUAUAAUACAGUUAUUGAAUUUAUUCCGACAACAUUUCGUAAAAAAAAUGUACGUUUUCUAUAAUAAAAUUGACCGUGGUAAACGAUUAUAUUGUAGGAUUUGGGUACAAUGUUAUUUAUUUUUAUGCCUUCAAAUAUUGUACAAAUGAUCUUAAAUAAACAGUUUAAAAGAAAAAAAAUGUCCCAACCGAAGGCAAUUUGUCGAAAAAAAGUUAAAAGAUCUAUAAAAUACGUUUGAAAAUAAAUAAUAAAAACUAUACUAGCAAUUUAGAUCUUAUUUGUACAUUUUUCGUGACUGCGAAUAAAAUUAUGUCAGUAUAGGUAUUGUUUUUUUCGUAUUUUCAUCAAACGAAACAAUAUAAUAAUCUGCAUUCUCGAAUACCUAUAUAAUAUGAUGAGUAUAGAUUUUUUUCCAUUUGUUUGUGUAAUGCAGUAUAGGUAUCGGUAAACAAAAACAAAUAUCGAAAUAUGAGUUUUCGAAAUAUCCGAGGGUAUAAAAUAAUAACGUUUCGUUUCACUUUAAAUUAGACAUUUUUAAAGGCGAACACACACGGCUUAGGCGCCCAUUCGAUAUUCUUCGGAUAAUAAUAUACGACUUUGUUUGAGACGUGAUAUAUGAACACUUUUCCUCGUGACAGUGUAAAUAAAAUAAACGCGCAGGAGAGAGGUUUUUGAUUUAUAUUAUGCGCCAAGGGAUCCAGUGUCGAUCACGUCACGGUAUAUCGUCUCGUAAAUUCGAAACAAAUAAUUUAAUAUCGUGCAUUACCUAAUAUCUAAUAACAUAAGUGAGAAUAUAGUAUAGGUGCAGUAAAUUAUUAUAUUAAUAUAGUUUAUUAAAUCGCACAGUAUAUUAAUAAAUAAAAAAUUCCGUAAUUAAUUACAAUAUUACAAUAUUGUUUGCAACAAAUAUUAUUGAUUUUGGUAACGGACGAAAAAACGGAAUUUGAAUCGGUUUUACCAAGUAUAUCAGUUGAAGUAGAUUCAAUUAAAUCGAUUUUUUCGGUAAUUUUUCAUAGAUACCAAUAAAUAUUUUAUUUUUCACGGCGGGCAAUCGGAGAGCGUUGAAAACUGGUAAUUGCAUACCAGUUAUAAUGUGAAGUCAAAUACGACAUUACGAUGCGUGUUUAUUGGUUACAAUGCGUAUUCUGUUUUACCGAUAUAACAUCAUCCGAAAUAUUAUAUCUCGGGUUAUAAUUUUAACUUAACUGUGUAAAUUUGUUAUUGUUUUUUUUUUUUUUUUUUUAUCUUAUCGUUAACUGCCUGUCUCGUCUUUAACUUCUACCAUUUCGCUGUUCGCUCAUUUUAUUCGGUUAUUCUCCGGCUAUCAGCAUCACCAGUAUCAACUUCGUAUCCGUUCGAUAUAGUUCCCGGUCACUGCGGGUCAGUUGUAAGCUCGUUGGGUUUGUCUAGCUCCGAGCUCGGUCCGAAAAAUUUACAAGCGCGGAACGGACGUCCGUAUAUAACAUAUACGCCUCUUAAACUUCAGCAGGUACCUAUUACACAAGCCGAAUUACCCUAUAUCAUAUAGGGUAAUUCCUAACUUCCCGCCUAAAACGGACAAGGUACUCGUGGCGCGCGACGCGUAUCCGGCUUUUGUAAGUUUCGCGAGACGAAGAUUUCUUAUUAUCCCGUUUUGAUUUGUACACGCAUGAUCGAUAUCACAUCAGAGCACGCUAUUAUAAUAAUAUCUCGUACUCGCUGUUCGUGCGGCAAACCGAUUUGCGGAUCAUCAGAAUAAUUAUUGAUCGUGCCUAGAACGUGAAAAACUCUGCAGACAGUUUUCCGUCCGCUCGAAAUUCCGUAGAUGGAUGUAUUAUACCGCAGUAUACUUCAUAUUAUUAUCGGUGCAUCGUUGGCGUAUGCACGCAUAUCAAUCUCCUAUUCCUCCUAAUACUUAUAGUAUUCAUAAUAUUAUUUACGAAUGUCGUUACGUUUUAUGUUUCCAUUUGGGGAUUUUUAUUUUAUUUUAUUUUUUUUUUUUAUACUCGCCAUAAUAUAAGUACCUAUACGAGUAAUGCAUACAGUAAUAAAAUAAAAUAUUAAUUUAACCGUCUUCGUCAGUCGACCGACGAUAUAAUAAUGUUAUAUUAUAUUAAUAAAAAAAAAACCGACAUUAAAAUUAAUGAUAAACAACAGAAAACUCGAAGGUAUUACGGUCGACGAGGGAAUGAAUAGAUUAAAUAAAAAAGCAGUUUGGUCGGGGUAUGUUUUAACGUUUCAGGAAAAUAAAAGUUUUUACAAAAAUAAAUCACAAAAAUUGGUAUUUCAGUUUUUAAUUUAACUAUUUUUUUGUUACAUACUAUUCGUUUUUUUUUUUUUCUAACAAAGCGGAAUAUUACAUUUUUUGAAUACCUACGAUGUAAAUACAUACGUUGAUCUAUAUUUAUAUAUAUAACAAUGUAACUACGUAUCAUCGAUAGAAAUAUAAAUUCAUCAUGUUCCGGAAUUUUCAAUUUAUUCGUUUAACAAUUGCCACUCCCUCUCAAAUUCGACUCUUGAAAGCGCUUGGAUAAGCCAUUAAAGAAAUAUCGCAUGACUAAUAUUUUAGUUUUUUUUUUUUUUUUAUACAUUUUGUGCGAAAAGUUCACACGGAUUUCCGCUAAUUUAUUCAGUUAUUUUUGUAAUAAUUCGCGCCUUUGUAGUAUUUUACAUUUUAAUAUUAAAACGAAACCCACGUAAAUAUUAUAACCAUAUAUAUAUAUAUACCAGUACACGAUAAGUGUAGUCAUAAUAUUCUGUGAAGUAUAUUAUUAUUUUUAAAAUAUACUCUUUUUUUUUUUUUUUGUGCACACAGACGCUUUUGAUAUUUAUACUCGUAGUUCGUGAUAUUGCAAGGAAGAAGUAAAAUACUAAACGUGUUUGAUGUAAUGUAAAAGAUAUUGUGAUAUUUUAUCCGUGUAUGUUCGGAAAGCAGUGACGUAGUUAUGGUUGGAGAGUGGGGGUGGGGUGAUUUAAGAUAUUUUUCCCUAGAGCAUUUUUAGAUUCCGAGCGUAGCGAGGGAGCUAUUGGUUUUACAAUGCUGUUUAUUUCUUUUUCUUUCUUUGUUCUUUGUUUUAGUCUGUGGACAGGUUUUUUUUCUAAAUAAAGUUACUCCGAUUUUUACGUGAAGCAACUUUUCUGAAAGUUCAAGUUGUCUAGAUUGUACUAUUGAAGGUCAUUUUUUGAAUUUUUGAUUUUCUUUUUUGACUUAAACAAAAGCACUUCAGUGAGAAAAAACGUAGGAAAAUGUGCAAUUUCACGAUUCCAUUAUUUUAUAAAAACACGGACGACGUUUUCUACCAGAAAAGAAUGAUUUAAUCGAAAAAUCACAAGGCACUUUUUUUGUGGUAUUCUUGAUUUACUUUUUCACGGUGUCAUUGCCAAAACUUUUGAGCUUUUAAGGAAUUUAAAUUUUUGGGAGUUUUUUUGAUGUAAUUCGGUUAUAAAUACACGUAGAGACCUGAAACUUGGUUAUAAUAUUUAUAUUGGACUUACCUAGGUGUGGUAACAUUAUUAAAAUCAUCGGAUGACUAUUUUUUUUUUGUGUUUUGAAAUCAAAUUUAAACGAAAAUCACAAAAAAAAAUAUGGCACUUUAAAUUAUGUACUACCAAACUGCGCUCGAAAUCGUCUUCCGUCAAGCAAUGGUUUAACGUUGCUUACAGAUAUAAUUGAAAUAACCUUAUGUAUCCUACCUUCCCAACAUUUCACCUACAAUAGUGGCUUCUCCCAUCCUUAAAAUCAGCUCUUUUUUAAAUUGUUUUUAAUGCACAUUAGUACAUCUGUAAUGGUAUGCUAUUUUUUUUUUAAAUAAAGCACCACCGGUAAAAACUCCACGUCUUUUAAAGUACGCUGUGUGAAAAAAUUGGAAUAUCUCACUUACUAAAAAUGUGUUUCUAAAAUAAAAAAUCAAGUGUUAUUUCUUGGAAAAAGUAUUGGAAAUAUCGAACAAUUUUCCAAAAAGUGUACUAUCAGGUGAAAAUCGCAUCUCUUGAGGUAGGUACAGCAUAAAAAAAAUGGGAUAGGUUUUGGUCACCGAAAAAGUGUUCUUUGAGAGAAAAAAACAUUUUAGUAAAACUAUUAUCUCGUUGCAUUCAGAAUCUAAAAAUAAAUCUAUACAUGGGAGUUAUUCCUUUCUUCCCCACACAAGGGGAUAUAUAUAUAAAUAUUAUAGGUAAAUAUAGGUAAAUGCUAAAACGUUUGCGUGCAAUUCCACCUUCAAACGUUCACGUUCAGUAUCGAAAACGAACUAUCGCACUGUUGUUGUCAUUAGAAAUUUGAAUAAAUACCUUUAUAUUUAUAUUUUUUUUUAUCGUUUCAACAGGAAUCUACGGAACAGUUAUACAUUUCGUCCACACUCCUAUACGCAAUUUUAAAUGUUUAUUUUCAAAAUUGAUUUUUUGAAAUUUUUUUUUUCGUUAUUAUUGAUAUGAUAUUUUGUUUAUAUGUGUUUGAAUUAUUUGAAAAAUAAAAUAUUUAUUUUUAUAAUGACACAACGUCAAUUUCAAUACAGUACUUAGAAAUUUGUAAUUAUUUUUCGUUAUGAACAUUGAGUAAUAUGAUCCGGAUCAAACGUUUAUUAUUGUAAACACAUAUAUUAUUAUAAAGUCUUCCGUGCGUUUGUCCAUGACGCUGGGGCGGUCGAACAUUUUAAAACAUUCAACCGUCACAUUUCGUAUAGUAUAAUUAAAAGUUCUAAAAGUAUUCCGUCGUUUUUAAUAAAUAUUUCAAGUGUUUUUAUUAAAAUGUUUUAUAGAAUCAUUACAAACCCCGAACUACAGUUAUAACAAUAAUACAUCAUGACGGUUAAUGCGUUAAAAUAUUAUAAAAUCAUUACCUACGGUUACAAAAGGGUUCAAAAUAAUUUAAACCAACCUUAGUGAUAAAAAUUAAAUUGGUUCCUAUGCACAACGAUUAUUAUUUGAAUAGCCCCAUCCAGACCCAUGGACAUAAUAUAAAAAUCGUUUCCGUUUUGACAAUGAAAAGCGACGUUCAAUUAUUAUAACACGAAGAUUAUAACGCGUUUCUUCCAAACACUAUUUUAUAAUUAAAUUUGAAUAAAUAUACUGCACUUGAUGAAUGUUGAUAAUAAUUUGACAUUAGCUGUAAUAAUAAUUAUAUUUACAGUUUAAAUUUUCAACAUUUCAAAAACGUUUGGAUAUUAAACCGAAAAAAAAUGUGUAUAAAUUAAAGAGUUAUCGAAUUUACCAAUAUUAAUUUCUAUAUUUUAACAGUCUUAAUUUAAGAAAGGUUUUGUUUCAAUUAGAUAAAUUGUCUGGAUAGGUACUUAUAUUUUUAUCUUUUAGUUUAUCUUAGACAAAUGAGAAAUAAGUUAUCUGAAAUAAAUAAUUAGAUUAAAUAUUUAAUUUAUAUAACUAGGUAUGGUAAAAUUAAUUAAUUAUUAGGUUGCAUCAAUCUUAUCCCAUAGUUUACAUUAGAUCCCGGGGUAUAAAAUAAUGUGUUAUAGAACUCAAAGCGAACAGUGCAUAAUGUAACGUGUGCCGCUCGAAAUCUCAAUAUGUCGUAAACAAUGUAUUCUUAUGAAACAGCGAUAAAAAUGUUUAUACGUCACUGGGUAUAGGUAUCAAAAUUAAUCUGCUAUGCACUUUUGGUACUUUUAACACUUAGUUUUUUGAUAGGUAAUUAACAAAAUUAUUUUAUUUUUAUUUUUCUAUAGACGAAAGUUGCUAUUAAUUUUUGUCUAAGAAAUUAAAAUUGUAUCUAAAUCUACAGAUAAUAAUUAUCUGUAUAAAUAUUCUAGCAAUCAUCCAUUAUAUGUAUCUGUAUUUUUAAAUGAAUGGGUACAUACGAUUUGAUUAACAAUAAGGCUGUGAAUUCAAUGCGAGAAAUAUCUUCUAAAAAUAUAAUAUUUUGAAUCCCUAAACUUAUAAUGCGCUUGAUAUUCAAAAAAAAAAAAAAUUACAAUCGUUGUAUAAACAUAAUCAUUUAACAUGCAUAUUAACUUGCAUACGAGUCAAUUGAAUUAUACAAAAGAAAAAAUAUAUGUAUAAUAUAUACAUUUAGGUUACCCAGAAAGUUAAUAAAGGGAAUUUUUAAAUUUGAAAAAAAAAAAAAAAAAGAAAGAUUUGUUAUGUAUAAUAAAUUUGUGAAAUAUAUCGCUAAAAGUUUUUCCGGCAUAACAUUUUAUUACGCAGCGAACGUCGGGAGUGAUAAAAGUGCGUUACGUUGCCAUGGACACCUCGCAGCGGCAGAGUACAGUUUGUUGAAUUUAACAAUAGAAAACAUGAAAAUAUUAUGCACGGCUUCUUUAUUAUGUAUUCACGAGUGUCAACAUAAUAAUAUUAUAUAAGUCACAUAACAGUCGUACAGAAAAUGAACUUGAACGUCGACUUCAACUAUUCAAUGAAUUUCAUCAUUAAUUAUAAAUAUAAUACCUACCUACGCUUUUUGAACCGUCUAAAGGGAAUAAAUUGAUUUUAAGUGGGUAGGUAACCCGUAUAUGUUAUACUUACAAAGGUUUUUGUCAACUGACUGACUCGGCACCUACUACCUACUGGCGGAAUGGAUCGUUGAAAAUAGUUAUUUCGAGUUUACAGACUAUGUUUAAUAUAAGUAUACUAUAUUGAAGUACAAUAUUAUUACUUGCUAUCAGGGGAACACUUUGAACUUUUGUACGAAUAAUAUUCUCUAAUUCGAGAAUUUGCUGUGUAUAUAUCAGUUAAAACUGGCCGGCUUAAUUAUUCUUUUGUAAGUGUUCUUUUCGCAGGCAUAACUUAUAAAUUUAUUAAAAAAUAUAUAUUGUGCGAGUUUUCGUAGUUUUUGAGUUUUUAAACUUAUCAGGACACACGUAAGUAAUCGAUGAUAUUAACGCAAUACGAUUUUGGACCAAAUUCGAUAGUUGUUUUAAAUUAUAUUAUCGUUUCUUAUAAGACCACGAUAGUGUUUUUAUGGCACGAGUAGAUACAAUAGUGUGUAGGUAGUAGUGGUAACAAUGUAAAUAUUUAAGUAGGUAAAUAAUUUUAUACACGACGUAUUAUUAUGCGUUAAAAAACAGUAAUACGUAUUUAAUUUUUGGACUCCAUGCGCGGUGAGGAAUAUUUUUUUCUUUUUUUAUAAUUUCAAUCUUAUUCGGUGCAUUGACAUUGACGGAAUAUUGUAUAGUAUUCAUAUGUAUAGUUGAAAUAUUUUGAAAUUUCUCGUUCUCUACUCAGUAUUUGGAUUAAAAUCGAAAAAACGGGAAUAUUUACCUACACGCAACGCUACCGGUUUUCGGCCAAUAUCGGUGUAAUUUUUUUGUUAUAAACUUGUAAUGAAUUAUGUAGUAAGCUAUAAUCAAAGUAAUACUUCACAUUUUCUCCAAACAUUAUUAUGUGAACACAUUUUUAAAACCUGGUAAAUUUUUUUUUUGCAUUUUUUAUUAUAACUACCUAUUUACAAUUUUCGAGAUAUUUAGUUUUGUCUCGGUUUAUACAAAAUCGUUUUAGUUGCACAUAAGGUAUGAACAUUUUUUUGAUCUAAUGUUCGUUAUAACUUAAAAGUAUAGAAUUUUUUUAGAAUUUUUCAUUUUUUUUUUUUGUGUAAAUAUUGUAAAUAUCAGAAGUUGUAAAAUUCCCGGAAACUAUGUCGUAGUUAAAAAUUAAUAAAAAUUAAAACUCCACUAGAAAUUGUUCAACUGAUUUCCACAUACCGGGUUUUGUUUGCAUUGUUUUAUUUUUUGUUCGAAUUUUAUUUUAUACUAAUUGUUUUAAUUCAUGCAAUAAUAUACAAAAAAAAAAAAAUAAUAAUAAUAAUAAAUAAAAAUAAGGCUGAUACUGCCGAUGAGCCGCGCAUAAUCUAAAAUAGGUAGGAUUUAUAAUAAUUUCUAAAUUUAAUACCGUGUGAAUUUCUUUCAGUUGCGUGCAGCCACGACAGAGCGUGGGAGUAUUUUGCUGAAUCCGUUAUCAACCCCAUUGGAUUUCCAUCGUUGCGUUGCGUUAAUUACGAGUCUUUCACGAACGGCACGUGCUUCAAAGCUUUUGCGCGUUCCAAAGACCACAAAGUCCAGUAUAUGGGAUUAGCCGUGAACAAACAGUAAGCGCAUUUAACUUUAUAAUAAUAUAUUAUUAUUAUAAUUAUUUUGAAAUGCUGAAACUGAUAAUGCGUAUUGCUUUCAUACACUUUACAGGAUCAAAGGACAAUUCUACUUGGCCACGAAACCGAGGGCGCCGUUCGCGUACAAUAAAAUAUAUAAACCUUGACGAUAAUUAAUUUGUUUACGAGAUUGCUCUUUAUUGUAAAAAAAAAAUUAAAAAAAAAAU